AUGUUUGCUGUUCGUUCGAUGCUCCGGGCUGGCAGCCGUGCGGCUACGCCGCUGCGCGCCUUUUCGACGUCUUCUAUGCGUCAGGCCAACACGCUUCUUUUUGUUGAGCACAAGAACGGAGUGAUCAACCCCGCGUCGCUCUCGGCUGUCACAGCCGCCCAAAAGCUCGGCGGCGAGAUCCACGCACUUGUGGCGGGCUCGUCGAGUCAUGCCAAGGCCGUGGCUGAAGCUGCCUCGAAGGUUCAGGGUGUCUCCAAGGUGCUGGUGAGCACGUCGGAUGCAUUCUCCGCUUUGCUGGCUGAGCCGAUUGCGCCGCUGAUCGAGUCGCUUGUCAAGUCCAAGUCCUACACGCACGUCGUGGCAGGCCACACGGCCGUGGGUCGUGACAUUAUUCCCCGUGCUGCUGUGUGCCUGGACUCGUCGCAGGUGUCAGACAUUAUUGAGGUGCAGGGUGAGGACACGUUUGUGCGCCCUAUCUAUGCUGGCAACGCCCUUGCCACUGUGAUGUCGAAGGACGGUGUGAAGGUGGUGACGGUCCGUGGUACUGCUUUUGACGCCGCAAGUGCGGAAGGUGGCAGUGCUUCGGUGGAAGAGGUCGACGCUGGUGAGGUGCCGCAGCCUACCAAGCUCGUGCAGGAGAAGAUGAGCGAGUCGACGCGUCCUGACCUGGCCACAGCGUCGCGCGUUGUGUCGGGCGGUCGUGCCCUCAAGUCUUCUGAGGGCUUUGCGAAGUACAUUGAGCCACUUGCUGACAAGCUGGAGGCCGCUGUGGGUGCGUCGCGUGCUGCCGUGGACGCGGGCUACGCGGACAAUGCCCUCCAGGUGGGUCAGACGGGUAAGAUUGUGGCUCCUGAGCUCUACGUGGCUGUGGGUAUCAGUGGAGCUAUUCAGCACCUGGCUGGUAUGAAGGACAGCAAGACGAUCGUGGCCAUCAACAAGGACCCAGAAGCACCCAUCUUCCAAGUGGCCGACAUGGGUCUGGUGGCUGAUCUGUAUGAGGCAGUGCCUGAACUCACAGAAAAGCUCUAA